GCGGAGGAGGAGGAGGAGAGAGAUAGAGAGAGACAGAGAGAGACAGAGAGAGAGUGGCGGCAGCUUCAAGUUCAACGUGUGGUCUCCGUGCAUGGAAUUCGUGAACCCUUUUCACAAAUUGUGAAACAAAUUCCAAAUCUCGUCUAUAAAAGGGUAGCCCCAAAUUUCUCUUACCAUUCCCAAACCAAUCGACAAUAAUAAUAAUGGAGAUUGGAGCUGUGAACCCUGAAAUGGACACAGCUUCAACCAUCACCAUUAAAGGCAUUCUCAGCCUUCUCGUUCAGAACGUCGAUGAAAACAAUGGUCGGAGGCUGAUUUCUCUCGGCAUGGGCGAUCCUUCUGCUUAUUCUUGUUUUCAUACUACCCGUGCUACUCAACAGGCUGUUGUUGAUUCUCUUCAAUCUCAGAAAUUUAAUGGCUAUGCUCCCACUUCUGGUCUCCCCCAAACGAGAAGGUCAAUUGCUGAAUAUUUAUCACGAGAUCUUCCAUAUAAGUUGUCGUCCGAUGACGUUUUCGUUACGUCAGGAUGUACACAAGCGAUUGAUGUUGCUUUGAUGAUGCUUGCUCGUCCUGGUGCAAAUAUAUUGCUUCCGAGGCCUGGUUUCCCUAUCUAUGAACUUUGUUCUGCAUUUCGGAAUGUUGAAGUCCGGCACUUUAACUUGCUCCCUCAACAAGGUUGGGAGGUUGAUCUUGAUGCCAUCGAAACGCUUGCAGAUAAAAACACCGUUGCAUUGGUUAUUGUCAACCCAGGGAAUCCAUGCGGAAAUGUAUACAGUUAUCAGCAUCUGAAGAAGAUUGCAGAAACGGCAGAAAAGCUUGGAAUUCUGGUGAUUGCUGAUGAAGUUUAUGGGCAUCUUGCUUUUGGAAGUAAACCUUUCGUGCCAAUGGCAGUUUUUGGAUCAACUGUUCCUGUACUCACCCUUGGAUCACUAUCAAAGAGAUGGAUCGUACCGGGCUGGCGACUUGGGUGGUUCGUGACUAGUGAUCCUUCGGGCACGUUCAAAAACCCCAAGGCUAUCGAGCGAAUCAAGAAGUAUUUCGAUAUAUUAGGAGGUCCUGCAACAUUCAUCCAGGCUGCAGUACCUCAAAUCCUUGAGUCAACUGAUGAGGUUUUCUUCAAGAAAACUAUCAAUAUUCUGAAGCAAACCUCCGAAAUAUGUUGCAGAAAGAUCAAGGAAGUCCCUUGUAUUACAUGCACACACAAGCCCGAAGGAUCGAUGGCUAUGAUGGUGAGACUGAACAUGGAACUUCUUGAAGAUAUCAGUGAUGAUAUUGAUUUUUGCUUCAAGCUUGCCAAAGAGGAAUCUCUCAUCAUUCUUCCAGGAACGGCGGUAGGGCUGAAGAACUGGCUGCGAAUCACCUUUGCAGUCGAUCCGUCCUUUCUUGAAGAAGGGUUAGGGAGGCUUAAAUCUUUUUGUGAAAGGCAUACACUUGAGCUGUAAAGAAGUUGGGAUAUGCUGGUUGCUGGUGAUGCAAAUGAAAUAACAGGUUGAGCCUCGUAGGUUAAAUGAUAAUGGAAAUCUUAGCAACUCUUUCCAUGUACCGAUGCAACUCAGCUAUAAAUACAAGGCCAUUAAGAUUAAAAAAUGAAUUCCGUUCUUGCUUUCUGAUAUGAUUGUAUAACUUUUUCUGCAUAUGGUAUCAUUUAUAUUGACUGUUAAAUGCACAAAGUUAUUUAAUUGAAAUAUGGGAAGCAACAAUGAGAUUGAUUACCUA